AUGCUCGCUAUCAAGAGUAUCAUCUUUGUGGCCGUGGCCGUGCUCGUGGUUUUGUCUCUGAUAGGCACGUCUCUAGGUCAUGGAACCAGUUAUACCUCCGUCCAUAACAAGCAUGGAGGCAAGUAUGAGUACAAGAUAGAGCACAGCAAGCACGGUCACUGGAGUGGCCACGCCCACCCUCACGGUUACGGAGGCUUCGGUGAAAAACACCACCGACGCUGAAGAAAAUCUGCCAACCCCUCCCUUCUAGUCCCUCAUUAUAAUUAA